GGUUUUUAAAGGCAGUUUUUGUUUUGUUUUACGGGGACUUACUAGUGCAAGGCCAGAUAUCCGACGUUGACUUUUCCAAGUAUGAAUUUAAGCAUUCUUUGAAACCUUUUUCUUUUGGAAGUCCUUCCCGUUUUUGGCGUUUAUAUGGAGCUGCUCAACUUAAAGACAAUUUAUUUCGACUUACUAGUGCAUCUCGAAAUGAAAAAGGAGCGCUUUGGAAUAAAUAUCCGAUCUCUUUUCAACGGUGGCAAGUUUUAGUGGAUUUUCAAAUUUCUGGAGACGCAACGCUUGGCGCUGAUGGGAUGGCAUUCUGGUACACGGAGGCCCCCCUGAAGUUAGGGCCAGUUUAUGGUGGUAUGGAUCAGUGGAAAGGCCUAGCAGUUGUCCUGGACACCUAUAACAAUGACCAAUGGGGGCACGAAUCGCAUAUUAUUGGCGUGCUUAACGACGGUACUAAAAAGUACCACGAGGCCGAUGACGGCUUACGGCAGAGCUUUGGGAGAUGCGAUUACUCUUUACGAAAUUUAGUGAAGCCGCUCAGGCUCAGAAUAACAUAUAAGGAUGGGCACUUAAAAGUUGAAGUGGAUCCAACCCACACAGGAGGUUUUGCCUUAUGCUUCGAAAAGGAAGUCAAUUUGCUUCAAAAUGGGUUCUUUGGCGUCUCCGCAGCAACAGGAGACUUAUUUGAUAACCACGACCUUUUAGCUCUCAGAACAUUCAACCUCGACGUUCGUGGGAAGGAGGACCAAAACGAUAAUGAAAAAGUUUUAAAACAACAUGAAGACACACGUGAAAUUUAUCAGACUUUUGCUGAUGAAAACUCCGGUUUAUAUGAAGUUUUUCAGAAUCAGUUAUCUAUACUUCGAUCGCUAUCCAAAACUCAUGCAAAUAUUCUUCGCAAUUUAGAUGGGAAAGAUGCUGACGGAAGUUUUAAUGAACUAACCAAUGAUAUUGAAAAAACAAUUCUUCGUUACAGAACAGGAUUCACCGAUAGCAGCGUUUGGGAAGAGGUUGACAAUCUAGCCAAUCAGUGUAGGGAGAAUAUUGAAGACCAAGAAAAGAAGUUGCAUCAGUUGUCCGCUCAAAUGGAUGAACUUCAAAAUUUGGCUUUUUUCAUAGCGGAAAACUCGUGGAAUUUAUCAAGUUUACUGUUUUAUUAUGGUCCCUUCGCUUUGCUCUUGCUUCUACAGAUAUUGCUGUUUUACUUCUUUAACGCUUAUAAAAACUUUGGAGCAACUAAAAAAGCUCAUUGGGAUUUUUAUUAA